UUUUUCUAAUAAAUAAUCAUUGGAAUAGGAGGGGAAGUAACUGAAGCCACACCUGACAUUGCAUGAGCACCAAGGAGGUCAAUUCUCUGGUACAUCUAACAGCUGGAGCGGCUGGGGGGUUUAUCGGAGUAAUUGUCACAUCGCCCAUAGAGCUACUGAAAACAAGACAGCAGUCGACAGUAUCCGCCUACUCGGCCAGCUGUAUAACAGGUGGACCAGGACCACGACAUCUCGUGGCACCCAGGAACAGUACCAGUGUUACCUCAAUAUGGAAACAAUACAGAACUAUAGUCGGGCAGGAGGGAUUCAGGUCCCUGUUUAAAGGACUGACCCCCUCCGUAGCGGCAGUGGUUUCCAGUAAAGGUCUCUUCUUCCUUGCUAAUUCGGAAUGCAGGAAACUCGUCCGGAAUGUUUGCAGUCAGGGACAUAUAGUUCAUCUAACAUCAGGGACUUUAGCUGGGAUUAUCAACGCUCUAGCAAUGAACCCCUUUUGGGUUGUCAAGACCAAACUGCAGCUCGACGAACGAAAGUGCUCCAGAAGUGCUGUAUGGAACACAACCCGGAAUCUGUGGAAAGCUGAGAGACACAAGGCUUUCUUCAGAGGUGCUAGUGCUAGUUUAGUGGGCUCCUUCGAAUUUGGAUUGUACUUCCUGAUAUACGAGGAAUUAAAACUGGCUAAGUUGGGAUAUUCCUACUUCUCGCCCUCCUACAGAGAAAACUCUUAUAUACCUACUAUGCUGCAUCUCUCACUGUCAGCUAGUGUCUCAAAGAUAAUAUCCAGCACGAUUAUGUACCCCACCGAGGUUGUCAGGACGCGACUCCGAGAAGAUCUGGAGACCUCUGAACGCAAAAGAAAGUACAGGAAGUUCUGGCGGACAUGUGAGCUAAUCUACAAAGAAGAAGGUCUAGUCGGAAUGUACGGGGGCUGGGUUCUGCACCUUUACAAAACCAUUCCCUUUACUAUCAUCACAUUCCUCGUGUACGAGGGGUUACUGGAUAAGUUUCAGAAAUCCUCUUACUUUCAGAACUACUGAACAAAAUAUUUUUAAUUAGGAUAAUACUAGGUAAUACGUUGCUGACUUGCUGUGUUCUGUCAAAAUGUGAGGCCGAAGUUGGUUGCUGAGAUGAAAUGGUAGUUUUGAAAAGAUGAUUGAUCAGUGGAUGGAAAGAAAUGAUUCAUAACCUAAUACGAGCUGUGCGUGAUGAUUGGAACAAUUUAACAGUCGGAGAUAUGUUUGCAUAAUAUUUCUGUACUGCUUAUCAUUCUAGAGACGGGAGCCCAGAUCUGAAACGAUUUCUCCUGGACUGCUGCUGAAUUAUUUGUGUCAUUAUUUGUUUUACCCUCUUAUUCUGGCGAACUUUAAUCGAUUCAGUGCAGUCGUUAAUGUCACAACUCAACUGCAGUAUCUUAUCUUUUGAGCUGCAGCAAUAUUAGAGGCUAUCUAAUCGUUUCAAGUUGAACGGUGUCAUUAAAGAACUCCCAAAACUUAAUUAUAUAGUAGUUCUGGUAAGUUAUAUAAAAUAUGAGAAUUGAUGGAUAUGAAUUGAUGGUUGGGAUUUGGAUGGUAGAUAUCUGGAUUGUGCCCUGAUUAUCAAACGUUCUACUACACAGUGCCCUUAACUAUAAUCAGUUCUCUGACACCAGAUUUCCUGAAAAAAAACCUAGCUACACUUCAAAAAAUUCAUAAUCUUUGCUUUUACAUUUUUUAUGGAAUUUAUACCCAAGAGAAAUUUCCGAAAUGAUUAAUGAAGAACUGGAUUCAGUUCCAAAUUUGUGAUCAAAGUCACCCAAAGUUAAAUGUUUAAUUUGUUAUAUGUGUUGAUUUUCCUUCUGUAAAUAAAUCUUUCUAGCUAGAAAUUAAGAUUACAUUUAUUAUUCUUAAAAUUGUCUAAGAAGUAAGAAUAGAAAAUAAUUAAAAUCGUCGUUUUACUAUACAAUAUUGGUUAUAGACAGAUAUUAUGUUGUUUCUAUUAAUAUUAACUUAUAGAUUUAUGAACAGCGAGGUUUUGGAUUUUUUCUAGUCGAUUUUGCAAUAUUCUAUAGUCAGAUUAUAUAGAUAGUUGAUAUUCACAUCUUAUAAAGCCCAUGGUAGCUAUACUUAAAAAACAAUUGUUCGCUUUUUCAUUUAUGGUAACCUAGAGAUCGUUCACAAACUAGAUAUUUUGUACACCCUCCGAUAGUAAUCUUACAAAUAGCCCUUGAGUAAAAGUUACACUACAAUUCAAUUUACAUAAACAUUUCCUU